AUGACACGAGAACAGUACAUACUGGCCACACAGCAAAAUAACCUGCCCAGAGCCGAGAAUCCCCAACUAUAUCCCGUGGGAAUUUAUGGAUGGAGAAAGAGGUGCUUAUACUUCUUUGUGCUUCUGCUGUUGGUUACCAUGAUUGUUAACUUAGCAAUGACAAUAUGGAUAUUGAAGGUUAUGAAUUUCACAGUGGAUGGUAUGGGAAAUCUGAGAGUCACCAAGAAAGGAAUCCGGCUUGAAGGUAUAUCUGAGUUUCUCCUUCCAUUGUAUGUGAAAGAAAUCCAUUCACGCAAGGACAGCCCGCUGGUCUUCCAGUCUGACCGGAACGUCACGGUGAACGCGCGGAAUGACUUGGGUCAGCUCACCGGACAGCUCACUGUAGGCGCCGACGCCGUAGAGGCCCAGUGCAAGCGCUUCGAAGUGAGGGCCAGCCGAGACGGCCGAGUUCUCUUCGCGGCCGACGAGGACGAGAUCACCAUCGGAGCCCACAGGCUCAAGGUCACAGGCACGGAAGGAGCGGUGUUCGGCCAUUCGGUGGAGACGCCUCACAUCAGAGCAGAGCCUUCCCAAGACCUCAAGCUAGAGUCGCCCACGAGGUCCUUGAUCAUGGAAGCCCCGAGGGGCGUUCAGGUCCACGCGGCCGCGGGGGACUUCAAGGCCGCCUGCCGGAAGGAGCUGCAUUUGCAAUCAACUGAGGGAGAGAUAUUUUUAAACGCAGAUGCCAUCCGGCUGGGGAAUCUGCCAGUGGGGAUCUCCUCCCCCUCUCCGCCCAGCUCCUCUCCUCGUCCGAGCGUCUACGAGCUGUGCGUCUGCCCCAGCGGCAAGCUGUACCUCUCCCCGGCGGGAGCUGGCUCCACGUGCCAGACCAGUAGCGGCGUCUGCCUAUGGAGCUGAAAUGACUCCCCGGUUUCUCCUCACACCAGAAUAGCCUUUCGUCACCGUCCGUCCACUUCA